AUGUGGGAACGCUGGUCUAAGCCUUACAUUGUUGAGUGCUUUGGGAAACCCGGGUGGACAGUUUGUGGAACUGAGGAGCUCUAUGGGAAAGUUCACUGUCCUGUUGAGCUUCUUCCCUUUAGUCAUAUGGAGAAUUACUGUCUUGUUCACUCAGGAAACAUGGGUUAUAUUCUUAGGUCUUCUGAGUUUUUUUUGGAUCAACAAGCCAGAGAUAAAGAGUUAGCAGAUAAGUUGCUUGAUGUAGGAGGUCUUAGAAUCUUAAAACAAGGGAUACCUCAAAAUGAGAACUUCUUUGCUGUCACUAUUAUUGUCGUCAUCAUCUUCUUCAUUAUUAUGGUGAGUGUGGUUAAAAAGAAGUGCCCUCAAACACCAAUUGUGCUCUACAUUAAUGGAAAUGGUGGACUACUUGAACGGAUGAAGGGAACUGGAGUUGACGUGAUUGGUCUUGACUGGACAGUGGAUAUGGCGGAUGGAAGGAAGCGCCUUGGAAGUGAUAUUAGUAUACAAGGAAAUGUCGACCCUGCUUGCCUAUUUUCUCCUCUUCCCGCCUUGGAGGAUGAAAUUAGAAGGGUUGUACAAUGUGCAGGGACAAAGGGCCACAUCCUCAAUCUUGACCAGAGAGUUCUCGUUGGUACACCUGAGGAAGCUGUUGCUCAUUUUUUCAACGUUGCAAGAAGCUUAAAGUUCGAUACACAGUCCAAUUUGGUGGCUUGA